CAGACGGCUACUACUCCUUCUGCUCCUCCGUGGAGAGCGUAGAUCGCCGCUCUAUCAACCCGGAUGCUGAGCACUGCCCAGUGCGCAGCCCUGUCGGCACAGCAAGGGGCGGAAUUAUUUCCGGACCUUUGAAGCGCAGCUUUUCCCGGCUGCUCAGUCGUCUGGCCGCCAGGCUCUACAUCCGAGCCGGGAGAGGAAGGUGGAUUUAAAUGUGCAGCUUCCCUAGUGCACGGUAAGGUGCUGUGUGUCACGGUGAAGGCACACACAUCCGUGUUCCUGCAAGAUCUUGGCAGAUCGUGACUACCUGCACGCCAGGAAAGACGUAGUGACAGACUGAGAAAGAGAGAGAGAGAGAGAGAGGAAGAAGGGGAGCGGGGUGGGGGGAAAGGAGCAUCACUGCUGAGGGAGAUGGCCGAGUGCGGGCGGAAGGCGCUGUCUCUCCUGGAAGCGGCCCGCUCCCGGUACGAGAGCCUGCAGAUAUCCGACGAUGUGUUCGGCGAGUCCGGGGAUGACAGCAGCGACAAUCCCUUCUACAGCACCUCGGGGGACUCCGACUCCGACAACUACAUAGCCGAGGCGGGCGAGCAGGAGCAGCAGCACCAUCAGCACCACCACCAUCCAAAACGCGGGGACAAGGAUUGUGGCCACAGCGGGGGGUCUGGUGGCGGGUCUGCGGGCGGGAGCAGCGGGCCCCCGGGCUCCCUCACCCGGAGUCAGGCGGAGGAGGAAGGCUGGACGGAGACGCUGCAGGAUGUCACGGUCCCGCCGUACAAAGAGACAUACGGACCCGUUCAGAAGAUGCCGGUCACUGCCACUGCCUUGGACUUUUUCCAGCUCUUCGUCCCAGACAACUGCAUCCAAAACAUGGUCACCCAGACAAACAUGUACGCCAAGAAGUUUCAGGAGCGCUUCGGCUCCGAAGAAGGCUGGUGUCCCGUCACGGCGCAGGAGAUGAAGGCCUUCCUGGGCUUCGUCAUCUCCACCAGCGUGCACCGCUGCGAGUCGGUGCUCAGCAUCUGGAGCUCGGGCUUCUUCAGCAACAGGAGCAUCGCCUUGAAGAUGAGCCAGUCGCGCUUCGAGAAGAUCCUCAAGUACUUUCACAUCGUGGCUUUCCGCCCGUCCCAGGGGAGCAAUCAGGGCCUUUACAAGAUCCAGCCGUUCCUGGACUCGCUGCAGCAGUCGUUCAGCUGCACCUUCAGGCCCUCGCAGACACAGGUUCUUCAUGAGCCACUGAUAGAUGAGGACCCCGUGUUUAUCACCACCUGCACAGAAAGAGAUCUGAGGAAGAGGAAGAAGAGGAAGUUCAGCCUCUGGGUCCGGCAGUGCACCUCCACCGGAUUCAUCUGUCAGAUCUCCGUCCAUCUGAAGGAGGGACAGGGCGCAGACGGACUGGCCACCUUGAAGAACAAGCCGCAGCUCCACAGCCUCGUGGCCAAGCAGCUCUGCCAGAACAUCUCCGGCAAGAACGCCGUCAUCUUCACGGGGCCGUCCAUCACGAGCCUCGGCCUCUUCUCUGAAUUCAGCAAGCAGGAUAUCUACUGCUGUGGCUUGCUGAGCACCAGGAAGAGUGACUGCACAGGUCUGCCCCAAAGCAUGCUGGUCUGCAGCUCCACGCCGGCGCAGCGCGGCCAGUCACGCGUGAUGAUGAAGGGCAGCAUGUCUCUGAUCAGCUGGUACAAUAAGGGACACUUCAGGUUCAUUACUAAUGCCUACUCACCAACUAAAGAAGGAGUGAUUAUUAAGAGGAAAAGCGGAGAAAUCCCGUGCCCCCUUGCCGUCGAAGCCUUUGCGGCACAUCUCAGCUACAUCUGCAAAUACGACGACAAGUACAGCAAAUAUUUUAUCUUCCAUAAGCCCAACAAGACUUGGCAGCAGGUGUUCUGGUUGAGCAUCAGCAUCGCCAUCAAUAACGCGUACAUCCUUUACAAGAUGUCCGACGCCUACGCCGUCAAGCGCUACAGCCGAGCACAGUUUGGAGAGAGACUGGUCAGGGAGCUGCUGGAUCUGGACGACUGUUCCCCCACACAGUGAGAAGAAAGAGGAGGAGGAGGAGGCAGAGGAUGAAGACAGAAAUACAAUCUCUCCCACAUGUUAAUUUCCACUUGGUUGUACAGACCUUCCUGGGUCUGUGUCAGUGUGCCAAGCUCCCGUCUCUCUCUUCCCGUAGUUGUUAAUUUCUGCCCAUGUAAAUAUUCACUAACACACAACUGCACUGUAUACAUUAUUAAGAGCCACCUGGGGUAGCUCCCCCCCCUGCUUCAGCUGCUACUGUUAGCCACACACUUCAGGCGUCAGCAGACAUCAGUCAGCAGAAGCAGAGACGAAACAAGAAACAACAAAAUGAGUCAGAUUUCACUCAGAAAUGAUGUCACCUUAAAGUUUUUAGUCUUAUCAAAGAGUUCAACUAUCUAACAAUUUAAUAAGCCUGAAUUAAACUCAAAAUAUCUAAAAAAAAAAAAAAAAAAAACAACUAAAAAACACACCUGGCACCUUGUAACUAAGUCCGAG